UGUCACCUGAGCGCCGUGGGUGACGUCACCGGUGUGCGCCGGCCGGAGAUGCGGGAAGUGCAGAGCCAGCGGUGCAGCUGGGCUCCCAUCAGCAGCUGAGCCAUGGCUGCAGCCAGCGGGGAUCCCAGCCAUGCCGCGCUCUCCAAGCUGCAGUUUGCUCCCUUCAGCAGUGCCCUGGAUGCCGGGUUCUGGCACGAGCUGACCCAGAGGAAACUCAACGAGUACCGCCUGGAUGAGACCCCCAAAGUCAUCAAGGGCUACUACUACAAUGGUGAUCCUUUGGGUUUGCCAGCUCGCUUGACACUGGAGUUUAGUGCCUUUGAUAUGAAUGCUUCAAUACCAGCACGUUGCUGUCCUGCUUUUGGCACGCUGUAUAACACCAACACUUUUGAGACUUUCAAAUCCUGCGAUAAGAAAUCUCUUCUGGACAAGGAAGCAAACGAGAUCUGGGAAUCAAUCAAAUCUGGAGCUGCUCUGGAGAACCCAAUGCUCUUGAACAGGUUCCUGCUGCUGACAUUUGCAGAUUUAAAAAAGUACCAUUUCUAUUACUGGUUUUGCUACCCUGCUCUCUGCUUCCCUGAUGGAAUUCAUCUAACUCAGAAACCUGUGUGUCUUGGGGACAGGUUCUCACUAACUCAGAUUGAAGCCCUGCAGAAAGCCUACGAUGACCUCUGCCAGGAGGAGGGGGUGACAGCCCUGCCUUAUUUUUUAAUUAAGUAUCAUGAUAAUUCUGUCAUGAUAUCCCUGCUGAAAACGUGGGAUGGCUUCUUUCAAGACCGAGGAGGGAAGGUGACGGUUGGAGUUUAUGAUCCUUGUAAUUUAUCUCAGUAUCCAGGAUGGCCACUGAGAAACUUCCUGAUCCUGGCAGCUCACAAAUGGGGCAGCGUUGUGCAGAGGGUUGAAGUGCUCUGCUUCAGAGACAGGACCAUGCAGGGGGUGAGAGACAUCACACACAGCAUCAUCUUUGAAAUCAAACUGCCAGAGACACCCCUGGGCACAGAUUGUCCAAAAGCUGUUGGAUGGGAGAAAAACCAAAAGGGAGGCCUGGGGCCAAGGAUGGUGAAUCUCAGUGAAUGCAUGGAUCCAAAAAGGUUGGCAGAAUCAUCCGUGGAUCUUAAUUUGAAGCUGAUGUGCUGGAGGUUGGUGCCCACUCUGGAUUUGGAAAAGAUUGUGGCUGCCAAGUGUCUGCUGCUGGGAGCUGGCACCCUGGGCUGUAGUGUUGCAAGGACCUUGAUGGGCUGGGGGGUGAGGAAAAUCACUUUUGUGGACAAUGCAAAGAUCUCCUACUCCAACCCCGUGCGGCAGCCACUGUACGAGUUCGAGGAUUGCCUGAGCGGGGGCAAGCCCAAGGCUCUGGCAGCAGCAGACAGGCUGCAGAAAAUCUUCCCAGGAGUGAGCUCCGAAGGUUACAACAUGAGCAUCCCCAUGCCAGGCCACCCAGUGAAUUUUUCGGAGGUGACAAUGGCCCAGGCCCAGCGGGAUGUGGCCAGACUGGAGGAGCUCAUCAAUGCCCACGAUGUUGUUUUCCUGCUGAUGGACACUCGGGAGAGUCGCUGGCUGCCUGCCGUCAUUGCAGCCAGCAAGAGGAAGUUGGUCAUCAAUGCUGCCUUGGGAUUUGACACUUUUGUUGUUAUGAGACAUGGCCUGAAGAAACCCAAACAGCAAGAACACGGUGAUUCGCGUUUCAGCAACGCCUCCGCUUCUUCUGAUCUGCUGGGGUCCUCACUCUUCUCAAAUAUCCCUGGCUAUAAGCUGGGCUGCUACUUCUGCAAUGAUGUUGUGGCACCAGGGGAUUCCACCAGGGAUCGGACACUGGACCAGCAGUGCACGGUCAGCCGGCCUGGACUGGCCAUGGUGGCUGGAGCCCUGGCAGUGGAGUUAAUGGUUUCUGUCCUGCAGCAUCCAGAAGGUGGUUAUGCUGUGGCCAGCAGCAGUGAUGACAGAAUGAAUGAACCACCCACUUCUCUUGGGCUUGUUCCUCACCAGAUCCGAGGAUUUUUAUCCAGAUUUGAUAAUGUUCUUCCAGUCAGCCUGGCAUUUGAUAAGUGCACAGCCUGUUCAGCCAAGGUCCUGGACCAGUAUGAACGAGAAGGGUUUAAUUUCCUAGCUAAAGUUUUUAAUUCUUCACAUUCCUUCUUGGAAGACUUGACAGGUCUGACUUUAUUACACCAGGAGACCCAGGCUGCUGAGAUCUGGGACAUGAGUGAUGAUGAAACUGUUUGAAAUCAGGUGCGGAGGAGGAGGAGGAGGAGGAUGCUCUGGACUGCAGCCCUGCCUUUUAUCUCUGCUUUGAGGAGUUAAUGAUUGCUUUACCCCUCCUGACUGCUGGAAAGACAAACAAACAGAACCCACGUUUUGCCACGAAUAACUUCACUUUCAAAGCAGUCUCCUGUGGACAGAACUCACCAUGUUUUCAUUUUUAUUGUGUAAAUAACUGGAGCAAUGCGCUUAUAUUUAAACCUGGUCUCUCUCUCUCUCUCUCUCUCUCUUUUUGGUUUGGUUUGGGUUUUUUUUAAGUUUCUAAAUAUGGCUUACAUAUUAAAAAAUGCUGCUUAAGUAAAUUUGGGUGGUUGGUUUGGGCCAGGUUUUAUUUUGCUUAUCAAUGGCCAUGUCCAGGCAGCAUUUCUGAAUGGCUUUUUUUCACCUCUCUCAGAUUUGGGGCACUUUGUUGGAAUUUGUGAAGAUUGAUCAUUUCAUCAAAGAUUGAUCAUUGAUGAUUUCUUCUCUUGGGAGUUAAAUUUAAUCUUUAAAGGUAGGCAGGAGUGGACAAGGACCUGAAGCCGCUGCCUGCACCACAGGAAUUAUUUGCAAACAUGAACUUCAGUGCAGUUGUUCUGCAUGUGUCCAUGGAAUUGUUAUUCCCUGUAAAGACCCCAUCUUUUCAUGCCGUGGAAACAAAGUGGUUUGACUGAUUUUUUUGCCCAGGAAAGACCAAAAUGCAUUUUUAUCAUGAUGAGGCUCCUCUGAAGCUCAGGGAAGACUCUGUUAUAUGGUAAAAAAAUUGCUCUAGGGGGUGGUGGGUCUUUGAUUCAGUCAAAACAUGAAGGGAAAUUCACUAAAAUGAGAAAUUUGUUCUCUGACUUUGCUGUUCUUGGGUGUGGUCAUGCAGAAGUGUGCAGGUGUUCAAAAAGAGCAAUUCUCUUUUCAUUUUUGGUUCGUUUGAUUUUCUCAAAUGGCUUCAGAGAUUGUGGCUGAACAUAAAGAGGAGUUUGAGAACCCUUGAGUUUAAAAACAUUGCUUGAGGAAAAAGGAGUCUUAAAAUAUCAAAAUACAUUACUGCAAAGUUGAAUCUGUUGGUCUUAACUUGGAAUAGGUUUUAGAAGGAAAUUUGAAAUCCCUUUCAUAGCUUUAUAUUGUGGGGUUUAUGAGUUAACUCACUUAGGAAAAAUGCAAAUCACUUUAUCUGCCAAGCAGCCUCUAUUUCCCAUUUAUAUUAUGAAAAUUACUCAGUCAAUCCAAUUAUUUGAGUUCCUUCCUUAGCAUGACCUCUGAAGAUUUUAUUUUUUGUAGAGACUUUCCCAGCUUCUCUCACAUCAGAAGUUCAGUCAGGUCAAGGAUAUCUGCAAGUCCCAUCUUCUGAUGAGAAAAGAAGAUUUAGUGAAACCUGCUGAGGUUUGCACCAAGUGUCUAAAAUAGGCAUUAUUGUCUAAAAUAGCCAUUAUUUCUAUUUAUUUAUUCUCAUAGUCAUAAUAUUUACAUUAUUUCUUACCUAGGGGAAUGCCUAGCUUAAGUAACUUCAGUGUAAUAUAAAAUUAUAUAUGAAUGCAAUAUAUUUUGGAAAUCAU